AUGUUAUUAUUACUUGUUACUUUACUCAACAUGCCUCGGCUAACUAGAAAUAGUAUGGAAACGUCAACGAGCAACAAUAUUGCUAGCACUAGCUCCGCUCGUCCGCCGUCGAGUACGAGUUCGCCAGUAACCAGUUCGCACGUGUCAGCGAUGCAAACGAGCAAUGCGGGUUCUUUGCCAGUCGCUAACAUCGUCAACGACGUGGUUCAAGCGCUUCAAGGUAGCUUGGAAGGCCUUGUUCAGUCCGCCAUUGAUGCUCGUUUGUCCGUCUCGUCAACCGCAGCAGUCGCAAACAACGCGGGGCAGUUCUCGUCUCGUCCAGCAAAUAACCUCGCUGAGAAUGCUCCCCCAAACAAUUUGGAAUCGCAGACCGCAAAUUACGAAACCGUUCAUCCAGCUGAUGGUAUGGUUAGUGGUGUUAAUGCUCAUUUAUCUGACGCCAGAGGUAGGCUCGUUCCUUCUUUUAUUAAUACGUUUGCCACGCCAUCUACUUCAUUGGUUUGGUCGGGUAACAGUUCCAGUUCUCCCUCCCUUGCGCUAGCCACGGGUAGUGUGCCGUAUUAUUGCAACCCUAACGCUAGUAGUGGGAUCUCGUUACCACAAUCGAGUGGUGUCUCAUCAUUUAUUGUUGGCCCAGGUUAUGCCCCAAUACCUGCAAAAACUGUCGGUGCUAUUACUGCAGGGAAGUAUAUAAAUCUGGCUGAUCUUCUCCCGGAGAAUUCCUACGCCGUCGACGAGUCCAACGAGCCCCAUCUGCUUUUAGAUGGUCGCCUAGUUUUAACAGGCAUGAUAAAAAAACCGCGGAAAGAGAUUGUUGAUAUUGUUUCGUGGGUGGAGGCGUUUUCUAUGUAUGCCUUGAUAGUUUGUACUUCAACCCCUCACCGUUGGCGCGAUUUAACGACCUACAAGUUGUUGAUUUUACGCACGUAUCGCCAGUUCCAGAGUACUGCAUGGUUAACGUACGACAAGGCCUUUAGACAACACGCAGCCGCUCUAAACCUUACGGACUGGUCGGAACUGAACGUCCAGUUGUUCAAUUUUUAUACCGCCGGUUCUGCUGCGAAACCUUCUCAUUCGAUUCCGCAACCGCGGGUCGAUCGUGUGACCGAAGGGCAAGGCAACUCAGCUGCGUUUGUAGUCUGUGCAUCGUGGAAUCGAGGACGGUGUGUAGCCCCCACUGCAUUGUGUCGCUUUCGCCAUGCAUGUUCGAACUGUUCGGCGGAUCACCGAGGCAUAAACUGUCCAACUUCUGGUAAAGCCCCUAGUUACCCGAUCCCGCCCAAAAGCCGUCGUUUCUAG